CAUUAGAUAAAUAUGGCGAAUCCACGAAAAUUUAGUGAAAAAAUUGCAUUGCAAAAGCAGAAGCAGGCAGAAGGCACUGCCGAAUUUGAAAAGAUUAUGAACGAAGUGAAGGCCACACGUGUUUUGGAGAUAUCGCCCAGCAAUGCAGAUGGUACCGAAUCUACUACACUACAUGGUAAUACAACUGUAGUGGCCAGUGGAGGCAGUGGUACGAGUAGUGGCGCUAGUGGAGGCGGAGCUUCUCCAGAUACGAAUGUCGGUGGAGGAACGGUAUCUGGAAGUUCGCCGACAGCUUAUCGAGAAUCUCGAGGUCGUAGUAUGGGUGGAGGACCUAUGAGAAGACCAUCCGAGCGAAAACAGGAUCGUUCACCUUAUGGUAGUACUGCGGGUUUAAUUUUAGGUGUUAUGACAAAUAAUACCCAAAAUACCUACUUGAGUCCACCCAUGGAUACCAGCUGGCGCAGAUCAAACUCGGAUUCGGCCUUGCAUCAAACGCUAAACAUGGCUGAGGGUAACUUUGGGACAUCGCCACAGGCUAGUGUAAUGGAAGACCUUAAUUCCUUGCAUAGCAAUUUCCAACAUAAUCUGUCAAGUCAUCAACAACAACACCAGCAUCUUAGCAAUCGAUCUCAUUCACCGAAUAUUGGCCGAAGUUACAGUCCGCAAGCUCAAAGAAGAAAGAACACAAUCCAACAGAACCAACAUCAACAACAAUUGCAUAUGCAACGAUUACAAAUGCAACAGCAACAACAAGCGCAACAACAUCAACAUCUACAGCAACAUAUACACAGCCAACAAAUGCAACAGCAACACAUGCAGCAACAGCAACAACAGUGCAAUGCAAAAUUCAACAACGCUGGAAUACCGGGUAAUGUUAUGAAUUACGCCAAUACCGGCUCGUUGCCUGACCUCACAUCUGUCCACUUCGCUGCCGGCUCCAAUAUAUCACAAAUGAUGCAACCACAACAACAGACACUAUCACCCAUGUUAUCCCCAAACAAUGGUAACGGUUGUCAAGAACGCGACCAGUCGUCAAGUCCUUUCAGUCCGCCCAAUAUAGGGAGAAGCGGUUGUGGUCCACCAUCUCCGUACCACCAACAGGAAAGUUCUUCAUCAGCUGUAAACACAUCUACGUCGAAUAACCCACAGUCAUCACCGCAUUUGUCCUUCACAAAUUUGUCUGUACAGUCACCAGUAGGUGUUACCCAACAAAACAACGCACAAAAUCCGAAUGCAUUCAGCACCCUUCCCACACUUGGUGCGGCUAGCUCUACCGGCAACCUCACGGACUAUCGACAGCCUUUAAACCCUCCCAGCCCAGGUUCAUCUCCAGGUCUUCUGACGUCGGGACCUUCCAAUGACAUUCACACAAGCGCGCCUGCCAGUCCCAUUAGACAUUGUCCAAGCAACCAGGGCAACAGUUCAACAUCUGGUGGUGUAGCAGGGGGCAGUGGACGACAGAAUGCGCAAAUGCAGCAACCAACAUUUGGAAACAUUGACUCUUCUAGCCAGGGGUACAACACACUUCAUCCCGCUUUUCACAAUCACUUCGAGCAAUUCAGCCUAGGAGAUAAUUGUCAAUCACCACAAAACUAUGAUACGCUGGAAAUCGAAGACUAUGUUGCUUCUGCAACUUCAGGUACGCAGCAGGCAAUGCAGCAUAGUUUUAACAAUAAGUUGUUUGAUUUGGGUGAUAUUAAUUCGUCAUCGGCUAACGCAACUAGGUCACAGAGCACAAAUAACACAACAAACUGCAACAACAACAAUAACUUAUCGGGGACAUCUAACGAUAGUAUCGCACUCAGCAGCUCGCAGCAUUUUCAACACACAAAUAAUAACUCGACGGUAAACACGACAAACAGUAACGGUCCCACGUCGUGCAGGACAGCACUUAUAAAUAACAACGAUAGGCAAGACUUGCUGUCGGCUAACUCCUCACCGAUACCUUCGCCGCUUUCCCAUUGUUCACCUUCGCCUUCGUCGCCAUUACCAAUACCAAUGUCUUCACAUUCUCCUGCUCACCACCAACAGCUGUCACUAUCGGUGCAAACAUCGCCACACCACUCUCCGUUGCAUUCGCCCCAUCACGCACCAUCGCCGCUGUCGGUGUCUUCACCAGGUCUCACAAUGAUGGGUGGAAAUAUAUCACCAGUGACGUCGCCUUCUGCUCAUAUUUUAAAUCACCACCAACAUAAUCACCACAGUAACCAGAAUUCCCAGCAGCUGCAUCAUGGUCAUACGACCCAUAACAACUCCCAACAUCAACAACAAAACGUGGUACAGAGCGCAAAUACCACCACAAAUAUACCCCAAAUCAUAUUCUCCGAUUAUUCUUCAUCUCGCGACAUUUUUGAUAACCUCGACUUGGAUUUGGCCCAGAUCGAUGAGUCGAGCCUUCAAAUGUUAUCUGACCAAAAUCCAAUAAUGAUUGCCGAUCCUUCAAUAGAGGACAGUUUUCGUAGAGAUCUUAACUGAUACUACGAGGAAGCUGUUGCAGCUAUAGAGAGUGGUAUACUUCUGGAAGACUCAUUCGAUCCCCUAGGGCCAUUGGUCGAUGUAAAAGAAGUGCUCGGCAGUCCUCCAUCUUCAACAGCAUCAGCACUAGUCAUAAACAGUAGCGUGGUAGGUGGCGAUGUUAUCGAUGAUAAAGACGACGACAACGUCAAUUUGCAUAAGGAACCCCUUGAAGACGACAUCCUAAGCGUCUUGAACGCAGAGCACGUUCACGCCGAUGAAGACGACGAAGUGCGUAAUUUCCUUUUCUAA